AUGAGUGGCCGUUUGUUGGACUUGUUUAAGCCGUUCGAGGCCUUUCUACCUGAGGUGAUUGCACCGGAGAGAAAAGUGCCCUACAACCAGAAAUUGAUCUGGACCGGUGUGUCUUUGCUGAUCUUUUUGGUGCUUGGCCAAAUCCCGCUGUACGGGAUUGUUUCCAGUGAAACUUCAGACCCAUUGUACUGGCUGCGUGCCAUGCUGGCAUCCAAUAGAGGGACCUUGAUGGAACUGGGAGUGACACCCAUCAUCACAUCGUCGAUGAUCUUCCAGUUCUUGCAAGGCACCCAAUUGUUGCAUGUUGACAUGGAAAAUAAGCAGGACCGGGAAUUGUUCCAGAUCGCGCAGAAAGUGUGUGCAAUUUUGCUCACUUUCGGCCAAGCCGUCGUGGUGGUGCUGUCAGGCAACUACGGUAGACCCUCAGACAUUGGCAUUGCCAUCUCUUUGUUGUUGAUCUUCCAACUCAUGUUCGCGUCGUUCAUCGUGCUGUUGCUCGACGAGCUUUUGGCGAAGGGCUACGGUCUUGGAUCAGGCAUUUCUUUGUUUACCGCUACCAACAUCGCAGAACAAAUCUUCUGGAAGGCGUUUGCACCCACUACCGUCAACUCCGGUCGUGGUAACGAGUUCGAAGGUGCCGUGAUUGCUUUCUUCCACUUGCUCUCCGUGAGAAGGGACAAAAAGCGGGCCUUAGUUGAAGCCUUCUACAGGGAAAACCUGCCCAACAUGUUCCAAGUUCUAUCCACUGUGGCCGUGUUUUUGUUUGUGUUGUACUUACAAGGUUUCCGUUAUGAAUUGCCGGUAAGAUCGACCAGAACUAGAGGUCAAGUUGGCGCUUACCCAAUCAAGCUUUUCUACACCUCCAACACUCCUAUCAUGUUGCAAAGUGCUUUGACUUCUAACGUCUUUUUGAUUUCGCAAAUCAUGUACCAGAAAUUUCCUUCUAACCCUGUGGUGCGUCUCAUCGGAGUUUGGGGCGCCAGACCGGGCGCUCCAACGGGCCAACAAGUGGCUUUGAGUGGAUUGUCGUACUACAUCCAGCCACCAUUUUCUGUCUCUGAUGCCAUUUUGGAUCCAAUCAAGACCGUCAUUUACGUUGCGUUUGUUCUAGGUGCCUGUGCUAUGUUCUCCAAGACGUGGACUGAGAUCUCCGGUACUUCUCCCCGCGAUGUGGCCAAACAAUUCAAAGAUCAGGGUCUUGUCAUUAACGGAAAGAGAGAAACAAAUGUUUACAGAGAGUUGAAGAAAAUCAUCCCCACUGCUGCUGCGUUUGGUGGUGCUACUAUUGGUGCGCUUUCCGUUGGAUCCGAUCUACUAGGAACCUUGGGCUCCGGUACUUCCAUUUUGAUGGCUACAACAACCAUUUACGGGUACUACGAGACCGCUGCCAAGGAAGGUGGGUUCACCAAAAACCUGGUUGCAGGUUUUUCUGAAUUGAUGUAA